AUGAUGAAGAGGGUCAAGAAUGUCGCAAGGUAUUAUCACUAUGAGACCGUUCGCAUUGAUGACAAGGAUGAUGAUGUCUUGACUAUCCGGAAGGGCCUCAGUAUUCCAAUUUCAAAGAAUGAGAAGGGUGGUUUUAAGGUGACAGUGCGGGAUAGUAGAUCUCAAAGAAGACAGAGCCAGGGCAACAUCACCGGCCAGAAGCGAUCCUUUGACUGCAUGAACACAGCAUUUUCUCCUCCCCCAAGUAAAUGUACUCAGUCAAGUUCUCUGUUCACAUCUGCUGGCAGCUCUACUCCAUUCAAUCGAGUUCACCGCCGUGUUGUUAUCCGAGAUUAUGGGAAACCAAUCUAUGAGAGUAGCUCUAAGGCUACACUUCUCACUGGGCUAGCCGGCUGUAUUGAAGGAUACAUGUCACUCCAUGAUGAGGCUGGUCUCAUUCAAUGUGACAUUUCCCCCCACAACCUGAUGGUGAAUGAGGACAUGGAUAACCCUUCAUGGCCUGCCUUUCUGAUUGACCUUGACCUGGCCAUCAAGACACAACAGGAUGGGUCUUCGGGCACACAGGGAAAGACAGGCACCAGAGCAUUCAUGGCCAUCGGUGUCUUGUAUGGUGAAAAGCAUUGUUUCAUGCAUGAUCUGGAGUCAUUCUUCUGGGUCCUGUUCUGGAUAUGCAUUCACUAUGAUGGCCCAGGGAAGGGAAGGAUUGUUGAGCAUUUUGAUGAGUGGAAUUAUGUGAGCACUGAAAAACUGGCCAAUGAGAAGAAAGGGAUGAUUAGUGAUGAAGGUGACUUUCUCAGGAUUUUAGAGAAUAGUUUCACCCCAUACUAUCAAUCCCUGAUCCCUUGUGUAAACCGGUUACGGCGCCUUGUCUUUCCAGACGGCGGACGGUGGAAGAAACCAAAUUUCAAUCUACCUCAGAACAUGAUUGAAACACUUCAAUAUUGCACAAUAUAA